AUUCGACCACCCAACUCACAGGCAAGUGAGUCCACGGAUAAACAGCUCUCUGCACAAGGUGCCGGUGUAUUAACUUCGCAAAAUGCUCAAAAAGAAAUCAAGUAGCACCGAAAAGAAACGUAAACACUCGCAGUCUGAAGAACGGCAUGAGAGCAAUAAACGCAGGAGUGCGGAGUCCAACUUAGAGCAGAAGGCCAAGGAGGAGCUCGCUGACGCAGAGCUGGACAGGAUUGGCAGUGACAUUGAGGAGGGCGGCCUUGACCUCAGCCUGCCGUUCCAGCCGAUCACUGCUUAUGUCACUGACAAGCGGGAGAUGCUGGAGCAGUGUCUCCACGUGCUGGGGGAGAAGAAGCUACGGAAAAUGCUGCCUGAUGAACUCAAGGACUGUAGUUUAGAGGAAAUCCAAAACAUGUGCUGGGAGCAACUUGAGCCGAUCUCAGAGAAAAAUGUUAUGCGGAUCUUAGCAGGGGAAGAACUGACAUCUGGGAGUAGCGACGAAAAAACAGAAGAGACUUUGGAAAGCCAGCAAGACAAUAAUGUGGACUCCACAUCUUGCCUGAAAGAAACUGCAAAAGCUGAGGACCCUAAGCAAGAGGGUGUUGGUUCCGGCGAGGAGAGUGACGUCCUAAGCAUAAACGCAGACACUUACGAUAGUGACAUAGAGGGACCCAAAGAGGAGCAGACUGUUAAAGCUGUUGACGGGGCAGUGAAAGUAGCUCACAGCAGCAAGGAUGGAGCUGACCCGGUUGUAAACCCAGUCCCGGCAAAUCCUGAGCCCCCCACAGGCUCUCAACCAACGGAAGCAAAGAAAGACAUCUUAAGCGACAUCGACAAAAGUGUCUGUGAGAUUUUAGCUAUUUCAUCCUCUUCAAGCAAAGAGGAAGCUAAAGAACAGAGUUUACCUCCGCAGUCCACAGAAGUCGCUUUACCUGUUCAAGGCGGACCUGUUUCAGGUCGUGCACCUGCAGCAUGUCCGCCGUCAAUUCAGCAACUGGAGCUUCUGGAGUUAGAAAUGAGGGCGAGGGCCAUCAAGGCCCUGAUGAAAGCAAGUGAUGGGAAAAAGCCUUGUGUUGCAAAAAAUGUGUAGCGUGCCUUUUUUGUUGUUUGUUGAAUUAUACAGUUGACAACAUUUUCAACAUAUGACUGAUUGUCUAUUUUAAACCCCUGAUUUAUUGUUUAGAGUGUACCGUUCAAACCAUGUUUACGCCAUAUUGGAAUGGUGCUGCAGAUUAUUUAAUAAACAUCAAACACCCGAAGCCGCGUCCUACACCUACUGAAUCAACUUCUUCUGGGAUAAUUAACACGUUUCCUAAUGUAUUUUUCUCUCUGGCCACUAGAGAGCAGUGUUUACCUGCUGUGGCAUAUUCAUGGUAAUGAGUCCGACGUGCAGAGGAGAGCAAGAUAUUAUUUAUCUGCUCAAAUUACAG